AUGGACUCCCUCAAGGACCUAACAUUGUGUGUAUUGGGAUGUGGAAACCUCGGCAUUCCCAUACUGAAAGCACUUCUCGACAACGCCGAAAGCGCAAGCAGCACCCUCCCCAUCACUCGUUUUAUUGCGUGCGUCCGAAGCGAAUCUUCAGAAAUGUCCCUGAAAGAACGGUUCGCGGCAGCGGGAGACAAGCUCGUCGUCUCGAGGGGCGACAACGCCGCCGCCCUGCAGAAGUCAGAUGUCGUCGUGUUGGGAGUCGACCCCGGUGACGUGGAGGCGGUUCUCUCGCAACCAGGGACGAAAGAGGCGUUGGGAGACAAGUUGCUGAUCAGCGUAGCUGCUGGCUGGACCAGAGGCAGGCUGGAAACGACGAUAUACGGCAGCGAGACCACGUCCGAGAACGCAGCAGGCCGCGCGUGGGUGGUACGCACGUUGCCCAACAUCGCGGCCAUGGUUUCCCAGUCCCUCACGGCGAUCGAGAUAUCGGAGCCGGCGGUCCCGGCCCGCUACCUGGACCUCACCGAGGCCAUCUUCAACAGGAUCGGCAAGACGGUGCAGAUCGCCCCGAAGCUCAUGAACGCGACCACCGCCCUCGGAGGCUCGACGCCGGCCUUCUUCGCCGUCAUCUGUGACGCGCUCAUCGAUGCCGCCGUCGCCGUCGGGGUCCCGAGGAACCUCGCGCACAUCAUGACUUUUCAGUCCAUGCUGGGAACCGCGACGCUUAUGCAGAACGGUCUCCAUCCCGCUCUGUUGAAGGACCAGGGGACGUCACCCGAGGGAUGUACGAUUGGGGGGUUGAUGGUCUUGGAAGAGGGUGCCGUAAGGGGGCAUGUUGGAAAGGCGUUGAGAGAGGCUGUCACGGUGGCCCGUCUGAUGGAGAGCCAACCUCAUGUAAACGACACUAGACACUAG